AUGAGACUAAGGUUAUCUCUCAAUUCAUUCUCUAUAUUCCUUCCCUUGCAGCUUUUUGGAACAAUAGUCUGGAUUUUGGUCGCUUCUACCCAAGUUCCACUGCCACUGCUGCAGGGAUGGGUCAUGUUUGUAGCAGUGACUGCAUGGUUCCUGUCCAUUGUGUUCCUCUCUGUGUUCCUCUUUGGCUAUGCAAAUAGAAUUGCUGUCAACUGGAACCAGGCGGAUUUUAUUUUCCAUGGGGCUACUUUUGUCUUUUAUUUUGGAGCUUUUCUACUCCAAGCAGCAACUACAUCUCUGCAUCACUUUCCCCGCAAAUUCAAUUCCACUGCACAGGAGAGGAUUCUAACUGGUCAUGAAUAUAACAUAAGCAUAGCAGCUUCGAUUUUUGCCUUUGCAACAGCUGUUUGUUACGGUUUCAGCACAGCCCUGGCAUUGAGGAGAUGGAGACUAAAUAAUAGUUGAAGAGAGAUUGACACCCAUGUGUUUCACUUCAGAUCAAAUUAAGUGCUACUUGUCUGUUUUACUGUAAUUCCAAAAAGACUUUUUUUCUGCUUAAAAUCUGUUUUAAAUGCAAAUAACCCUUAAUUAGGAUUUCCUCAACAAGUUUCCAUCUCUUCCCUUUCUAAUAUUUACUUUUAUUGUGUAUGCAUUUUAAGUGUACUUAUUGUAUGGUAUUAGGGAGUUCAGGGAUAAACAGACAUGUCAUUAGCAGACAGCAGAACUCUAGUGCUACAUCAAUAGAGGAAGAAAAUGGAAAUUAAGCCAAGAUGUUGACUGCAUAGGCAGAUAAAAAGCUUCCCUCUUGUUAAGUCCUGGGAUUGGGCCUUAAGUGUCUUGCAGCAUUAUGGUGCACUCCACACAGGUCCAGCCUGGAGGCUCCUUGUAGAGUCAUGGAUGUUCUGUGUGCUGCUCUUUACAUGAUCAGAGCUGACUUUGAGAUAUCAACUUAGUAUAAAUGUACUAUUAACUUUGAUGUACAGAGAAUAUAUUUUAAAUAACCAUGCAGUGAAAUUUUUUGAUACUCUUUUGUAGCCAUAUCUGGCUGUGGUCAUCUGAUCCUUGAAGCUUAUUACAUUCUAUACUAGAUGAAAACUGUUUGGGACUGACAAUCAGUAGUUCAUUAGUUUUAGGAACUAUUUAUCAGAUCUAUUUAUACUGCAGAACAAAACAGUGCAUUUGUGUUGUGUGUGUAUAUACAUGGUGUAUUUUUGUUUAACAGGAAUAUUUGCACUGUUUUACUUCCUUAGAGUACAGAUUUGUUUUUGUUACCUAAAGUGCUGCAUUUGUUGGGUAUUGUGUGAGUCAAUAUCAUUUGAAUGGAAUGUUACCAAAUGGUGAAUAAUGUCUGACCUCAAUUCUUGCAGUGUGUUAUUUGUUGCAUUCUAAACCUGCAGUGUUGUAAAGGUGUUUUUAUUUGGACAGAUGCCUAUGCAACAUCUUACUGAAAGCAGUGGAAUGCAAAGCAAUCCACCCACUAUGGAGUUUGCUUUUCGUAUGAAUGAAGUUUAAUUGAACCUUUCUUGAAUAUCCUGUUGUAUAAUGACAUGCAAUAUUUUAUAUAGAUAAUUGAUUUAGCAAAACUAAACGAUAACGUUGUGCUCUGCUCCCUGACACUCAUGUCCUUUUGCAGAUGGUGAAAUUUUUUUUAUACUGCUAGCAAAUAAUUUUCUGUUGCGAAUAGUGCCAAAUAGAUGACCUGGGAGAAUAAAAGCUCCCUGUCAUUCGUAAAACAACUUGUUCACUACAUCCUACCAGUGCACCUGAAUAUUCUGCAGAGACCAGCAGUGGUUGGGUAAGGGAAGACAGGAUUUCCUUCAUUCCCAGGUGUACUCAUUCUCCUUGAGCCAACAACGGUAUCUGCCAUGGAAGUUGCUUUAUCAAACUUGUCAGGGACAAGCAUUUCUGAGAGGCAGCCACCCCCAGCAGUGCCCUGCAGUCCCUGCUGACGCAGGAUAGGUUCUUAUGGGUGACACGGCACUGAGUGGCAGCCCUUCUGACUACGGAACCACUUGGUCAUCUGGAAUUACUGCAAUGGGAUGUUUUCCUUUAUCUGUUUUCUGAAUCUUUUUUCUUCCAAAGAUUUUGUACUCUUGUCUGAUUUUUUUUUUCCUAAUUCUCUAAUUGCGUUGAGACUUUUUGUGAACAUUUUAUCUAGAGCCAUAUACUUUUAAAAAUACUUCAUAUUGUAAAAAAUACCUUUACACUGGAGUAUAUGGAUGAAAGUAUAUAACAAAGACUUAUGCUAAGCAGCAUUAAAUUUACUUAAUAUAUUUAUGGCAGUAGUCUGGUUAAUAAUUUUGUCUUUGGAAAGUCAAAAAAACUACCUUGCAACUUUGACUCGCUGACGCUAGACAUAGAAAAUUAAGGCUAAGAUUUCUCGAGAAGGCACAAUUGUAUUGGGGCUGGUUUCAUAUAUAUAUAUGUAUAUAUAUAGUUUCACAGCUGUUUUGGCAUGUGACACUGCGUGAAUAUUAGUGAGAAUAGUAAGGCCGGCUGCAACAACAUUUCAGAUGGAUGCUGAUCUUUGGUGUGGUUUCUCCUGUAUCCUGCAACCUGGCUGUGCACUGCUCACCACAGACUCUGCAUGCCACAACUAUGGUCUUGGCAGCCAGCUGGGGUGAUGGAGAGCAGAUCUUAAUAUUUUGACUAUUAAAACCUACAGAGUAUGAAUCCCACACCUGGUGUCAAUUAAAAAGCUUCCAAAGUUUCGUCAGCAUUUGUAUCUAACUUCUAAGUUCAAACCUGAGCUGUAAAGGUCAUGAUUAAUGGGUGCUACUCAAGUCUCCCAAUCUACUUGUAGAAGUCCAGAUAGCAGAGUGUGGUUAGUGUAGAAUGGAAACUGUUUGCACAGUGAGGAAAGACUGAACUUUUCCCUCUUAAAUAUCAAAGGCAAACAAAGGACAGAGAAGAGAUAAAGGUAAAAACUACAGUAAUGAAGAAUGACUUUAACAGCUAAAAUGGAGUGAAAGAAUGGAAUUUUUCUCAUAGUGUGCACUGUACUUUGAGGAAGAUCUAAGGAGAGACACACCAGAACAUGCAGUUACAUUCUUUAAAAAAAAAAAAAAAAAGGAAAAAAGUCA